AGCUUCAUUGAAAUGUUCAUUCUCUCUCCAUAAGGUACGGCAGCAGCGGGAAGUAGAGGGGAAGUAGGGGAAGAGGACAACCAGCGGCCUCCGGAUGGCCGUCGCGCGCCCCAGAGGCUGCGGGCUUACGUAAUGGCAGCGGCGGCGGUGUCUGCGAGCCUACAAAUAGAGGCGUGGGUGCCGGCAGCGUCCAGCCGACAUGCAUCCGCGGACCCUCGCCCUGCUGGCGUCUCUCGCCAUCGCUGCUGUCUGCGGGGGCGGCGUCGGUGUCGUCGCACAGCCAGGUGAAAAUGAUGCUGAAGUAAUUAGUCAGCAGCCACCAGAACCUCAGAGAGGAACCGUCGCCGAUUUCAUUAAGUCUCGGGCUGUCGCCGUUGCUCCUACCAACAACCAAGAAGAUACCGAAGCACAACCUGAUCCUAGAAAGAGGAAGAAACGGACAGUUUGCCUCAAGUGUCUGUUGGGGAAGAAACUUGGUGGCUACGGCGGAGGAGGUGGCGGUUGCGGUGGUGGCGGCUGCGGAGGCGGCGGGGGUGGUUUUGUCCCGGUCCCUGUGGCCGUACCUGUUCCCGUUUAUUCUGGGGGCGGCGGCGGCGGCUGCGGCCAUCCAGGCUGCGGCGGCGGAGGCGGAUAUGUGCCCAGCGGAGGCGGCGGCUGUGGAUACGGCGGCUGCGGGGGCGGCGGCGGCAAUUACAAGCAGAUCAGUCAGCCAGUGGAAGUGAAGGUCCCUGUCAAAAUUACUGUCGUGCCAAGCGGCGGCGGCGGCGGCGGCGGCGGCUGCCCGACCGGAGGCUGUUAUCAGCCGCCUCCUCCCCCUCCGUCCCCUCGCUACCCGCCCAGCGGGGGCGGUUGUCCGACGGGAGGCUGCUUCCAGCCUGCGCCGCCGCCAGUUCACUACCCGCCCUCUGGCUGCGGAGGUGGCGGCUGCAACCCGCAGCCCCAGGUCUGUUCCACCUGCGGAGGCGGCGGGGGCGGAGGAAGCCACUCGUACAGCCAGGCCUCCAGCCAAGCGUCCAGCUCCAGCUACAGCUCCGGCUGGAGAAAGAAGUAAUAUUCUGCAGCUGGAGAGCUUCACCAUGGACGAUGCUUCAUAUCCGGAAGACUCUAAGAAGCACUGCCUGUUUUCCGAGCAGAUACUACUGAACUUAGAGAAUCGUUCCAGAAGACUGGAAGUGGACACUGCCAAAUUGUUAGUUGAUGUAAUUCCUCGACAGACCUCCUAACAUACACAUCAAAAAGUGUUCUCAGAAGAAACCAUUCAGCCAUUAUACAGCAUUCGAUUAGCAGUGACACUAUAUUUGAUAAAUAAUAAAAUAUUUUCUGUGUGAAUGACAGGGAGCCAGAGACUAAGGCUUUAGCCGCACUAUCAGUGUUGCUUGCGUCUGAGACCUUAACUAUGAAUUUGUUAAUAAUCCAAUGUAAGAUGAAAAUUCCAUUCUGCUGAGAAAAAUGUAAAACGUAUCACGUAGCGCACUGCGUACUUUGGAGGCGAAUUAGUAUAAGAACUGAAUAAAAAUAUUAAAAAUGUGUAACAAGUAGUAUGAUUUCGUUAAAAGUCGAUAAUGUACUAAAUUUCCUAUCUACUGCACAGAGCCUUCAAAAGGCGCUUAACAUCCGUGAAACGGCUCGUAUCUUUGCUUCUUGCAUAACUUUAUAUAUAGUCCAGCUCAGCUGAUUGGAAAAUGGUGAGCAGGUUAUGUUGUUUAGAAACCAGAGAAUUCAGUGAAUACUGUGCCUCUGCAUAAGCUCGCACUAUGCCAUAAUAUUGUAAACAUAAUAACCUGCAAAAAAGUGGAGUUAAGUGCUGUAGCUGCGGCUAAGCAAAAAAUACAAAAGUUUUCAAAAGUAAAAAGAAAUGAGAG